AUGAUGAAGGACCUGAUGUCGCGGAAAUUUGACUUUCAAGACCUGUCUACAGUAACUCUAACACAGACAUGCAGCGCGGUAGUAACAAGACACAUGGCUCAAAAGAUGUUUGAUCCAGGUAGCUUCACUAUUCCGUGCACUAUUGGAAGUUAUGAUUUUGCAAAAGCAUUGUGUGACUUAGGAGCCAGCAUAAACUUGAUGCCCUUGGCAAUGUAUACAAAACUGGGCAUUGGCAGAGCUAGACCGACCUCGAUGUUGUUGCAACUGGCUGACUGCACGGUUAAAAGACCAACCGGGAUUCUUGAUGAUGUGCUGGUAGAUGAGGAGAUACCCAUCAUUCUGGGGAGGCCAUUCUUAGCCAUUGGGAGAGCGUUGAUUGUUUGUGAAACUGGGGAAUUGAAAUAA